GUGAAAAUGAGUAAAAACAAUUCGAUAAAUUCUCCUAUGCGCAAAAGCCCUAGAUUUUUGGGGCCCCCAACAAGCCCGAAAGUAGGGCCAAUUCCAAACUUCAAUUUACUCACUCAAACCCCGGUAAAAAAAGGAGGAAGGGAAAAGCAAGAUUCUGAUGAUGAAGGAUUGUUUGUUCAAAAUGAAGUUAGGACGAAAGUUCUAAACGAUCCUUGUAAUGUUGGUCCCACUAUUGUUGAAAUCAAAUCAACCCCCCGGAAUGAUUCCAAAAGGAAGCGAAAAGAAACGUCAACUAGUAAGUCAAAAAAAGUCACUGACGACUCUGAUUUCGAAGAAGAAACUGAGCAUCCUGAAGCCAAAAAAAGUAAGGUUGAGAAAGGUGGUGCAGUAAAGAAGAAGAAAGUCGAGAAAGGUGAAACAGGAAAGAAGACGAAAGUCGAGAAAAGUGAAACAUCAAAGAGGAAGAAAGUCGAGAAAUGUGAAACAUCAAAGAGGAAGAAAGUCGAGAAAGGUGAAACAUCAAAGAGGAAGAAAAACAACCCGACAAAGAAGACACAGACUCAUUGGUGUUCUUACACCAACGUGGAAGCCGCACUUGAAGUUAAGGACCGCCUUAACGACGCGCAAUUGAAGCUGUUUAGGGAGUCCCCUUUUGGGUUAUUUCUGGAUUUGCCAAAGCUGAAUGUUCAGCCACAGCUAAUUCGAUGCCUGAUGUAUGCCGAGACAGAGCAUGAUAGGGAUGAUAUGUUUAUCAUCAAUUUGAAUGGGAAAGAGCUUCAUUUCGGCAUUAGAGAGUUUGCCAUUGUGACUGGUUUAAAAUGUGGCAUGGACAACGAAUUUGUCGCGGACCCCGAUUCCCCCAACAGACUAAUGGAUAUUCACAAGUUGGCGAAUGAUCCAACCUACUAUAGGUUUGAGGGUUUUCCCCUGGCCAUUCAAGUAUGGUUUUAUGAAUGCUGCUCGAAGGUAGAUCCUACGGUUGCGACCCGUAUUGGAAACCACUUCCCUCGUAUUUUUAAUUGGCGAACAACUUUGCAAAAAGUCUACUUUUCCCAUCUGAAGAAGGGGAUGUUCAAAAAGUACAGCAAUCAGCUGGUUUUUACCAACAUUCUCCCAACAGAUGAGGAGAAGGUAGCUAUCAACUUUAUGGAGUUUCCAGAAGAGACAGCGGUCAAAGAUGUGUUAGAACCACAGGAUCCCACACAGUCGAGUCACUCUGUACGUGGUUCUGAAUUUGAUGCGUUGAAGAAGGAAGUUGCAAAUGUCCGCAAAGAUCUUAAAUCAUUUGAGAAAAAGGUCGGUGAACAGUUUGUUGACAUGAAAGACUACAUGGACAAGUCAAUUAUGAAUUUACUUAAAGAUCUAAAGUCCAUGUUUGGCAGGCAAACUGAAACUCCUGAAGCUAAGAUGUCCGGCAGUGUUAAGGAUGUUACAAAAGAACCAAAGACAAGCAACAAGAAUGAUGGACUUCAGCACAACCUAUAUUUUCAUUUUGAUGAACCGAUAGGUGAUUUUGACAUUGGUGGGCAGGAUGUAAGUGAGCAAAUAUCCAAUCACAUUGUAGUAGAUGCAUCUGCUUUGAAGAAUGGGAUUAAUGCUUCUAUUCCAGUUGGUGAGCAAGUUGGAGAUGGUGAAGCAUGUGAUAAAUAUAUAGUUGACCCAGACGAAUUGAAGAGUCAUCCUAUUGAUACUCUGAUUUCAGAACAUAAUCUAGAUGAUGUGGUUGCUGGCAUUGAUAAGUUGGGUGCUUUGGGCAAUUCUGCCACUAAGACCCCUACCCUUGAUGAUUUUGAAAUGCCUCCAUUUACCGAGUCUAAAAUAGUAGCGAUUGAAACCAAAGGUGGUGACAUCGUUACACCUGAACAACAAGCAAGAAAUAGAAAUCCUGGACCGUAUGGUAAAUCACCAUACACUGAUUUUAGUUCAGGCGGCAGCAGCACAAUCAAUUCUCCUACAUACUUUCACAUUAAACACCCAUUCACAAAUUGCAUUGGCUUUGAUGUUGACAAUGAUCUGAUCACCGAAUUUAAGGAUUGGGUGAAAUCGAAAAUGUCUACAAGACAUGGGAGGUCUGUAUUGAACACAUCAGCUAUUUUGCAGAGAAUUAUUUAUUUAACACAUGUUAUUCUACAAUUUUAAAACAUCUGUUAUUUUGCAGG